UUUUUUUUGGGGGAGGGCAGCUGCGUUUUGCUGCCCUUUUUUUUAAAUAGGGUAAAAACCUUUCGCCAUUUUCCCCUCCUUUUUUUUGCAAUAACCGAUUUUAUACCAAAUUAUUCCCCAACGGUGGGUAAUAAUUAUAAUAAAAACGUAACGAAUAAUCGAUUUUAUUGCAAAAACGCGGUCCGUCCAAAUCUACAAAAAUGCGGUAUUGGAUACGAGGCGUAA